AUGUUUACCAGGGAACAGGAAAUCGUCGGUCUCGUCGCUGCUUGCGGCCAAAUACUCGGUGCAGCACUCCAGACCAUCCAACAAAUUGCAAAUGCACUGGAACGAAGCAAGAAAGGCUUCAAAACCCUUGACAGCGUCUGCACACACAUUGCAAUCACGCAACAUAUUCUUGAAGACAUCGAAAAAGUCAACGAGGCAUACAAUGUCGCAGGGGUCUGCGCUGCUGUAAAAAUGGUCAGAGAAGCGGCCUAUAACCUCAAAGUAGCUGCCGAAGCAUUCGGCUCCCCUUCCGAAGGCAGAUUCAAAACCUUUCUGAACGAACUCAUCCGCGGUGAGGCUCGGCUGCAGAGAUUCGACAGGCUGCAAGUCGAUCUCGUUCUGGCUCAAACCACAUUGAUCACAUCCUUGGUAGCGAAUAACCAUGUGAGAGGCAAGGAUAAGGGGAAAACUUACAUCACCAUACCAAUUUUGGAGCGAGUCGAAAAUCUCAUCGGCAAUGAUGCAAAAGUCAACUUUCCAAGCCGCAUCUUCAACCUCCUCAAGAACCAUGGUGAGGCAAUUGGCGAUGGAAUAAUCUGCAAGGUUAAAACUCGAGAUCUUGAGAUGCUCAUGCAGGACUUCCUGGAGGAGAUCUCCAACUCAGGCGACAUGACUGUACGGGUCAUGAACCACAACCAUGUCAAAGACGAAGGAAUGAUGACUGCUGAUAUUGGAGAGCCUGGCGGGGGCAUACCGCAAGUCAGCAAGGUGUAUGCGAAGUUCAACGUGGUGAGCGACAAUGGUUUUAUCUCGGCUGGCCCAGCAUCUUUUGAGACAGUGACAGGAAUGAAGGGGGUUCAAUCUGCGUUGAAGACAUUGCAAGGAGACAAGGAAACUGCUAUCAAGUUACUUCAAUCCGCCAUCCCGGGUUUCAACCGUUAG